ACUGAACAUUUGUCUCCACAGGUAAACAUACUGACAGGUAAAUAGACAGACAGGUUAGUGGCCAGUAGAGGUCACUGAACCAAUGACUGAACAGACUGAUGAUCAGAGAUUUUAUCUGACUAUGAGGAUUGACUCUGAGUGAAAUGACAGAACUGAAAAGACAGACGAGUCUGUAGGCACACGCACACACAGCAACGUGUUUUAAUUAGAGACAGAGACAGUCAGAAGGAGACAGACAGACACGGAGAGAGACAGGCCGUUGUAGUCCUCCGCUGAUUGGAGGAGCAGCAGCAGGUGAAGCGGAGUUUCCCAUCUGACGGACUCACAGCGGAGGUUUUACCACAGCCGAACGGCUUCAGGACAGCCUUCACAUCGGGAGGAGACGACGUCCCGCUCCGGUGUCCACAGCAGAAUGAAUACCCUCCCCUGAACAUCACUUCAGUAUGACAUUAUCAGGUCUCAGCCCUUUCUCCUUCUUCCUCCAUCACCAUCAUCGUUUUUUUGUCUCCUUCUGGGUUGGACAAACAUCUUGUCAGUCAUUCCUGCAGUCCCGCCUCCUGCUGUCUUUUUUGCUCUGGAUUGGUGGAGAGGUGUUUCAGGUGGGCGCCUCCCAUCAGCACUUCCACCCACACUCCAUAAAGAUACCUGGUGACAUCACCCUGGGGGGGCUGUUCCCCAUCCAUGCCCGUGGCCCCCACGGACUGCCCUGUGGAGAGCUGAAGAAGGAGAAGGGCAUCCACCGUAUGGAGGCAAUGUUGUAUGCUCUGGACCAGAUCAACAGUGAUUCCGAGCUGCUGCCCAACAUCACGCUGGGUGCUCGAAUCCUGGACACCUGCUCCAGAGACACCUACGCCCUGGAACAGUCGCUCACAUUCGUUCAGGCGCUGAUCCAGAAAGACACAUCUGACAUCCGCUGCUCCAAUGGAGAACCGCCCAUAAUCCGGAAACCAGAGAGGGUGGUGGGUGUGAUUGGGGCAUCGGCCAGCUCCGUGUCCAUCAUGGUGGCCAACAUACUGAGGCUGUUUGAGAUCCCUCAGGUGAGCUAUGCCUCGACAGCACCAGAGCUCAGCGAUAAUAACCGGUACGACUUUUUCUCUCGGGUGGUUCCUCCGGACUCGUACCAGGCUCAGGCCAUGCUGGACAUUGUCAAAGCUCUAGGCUGGAACUACGUGUCCACGCUUGCCUCAGAGGGAAACUACGGAGAGAGCGGAGUGGACGCCUUCAUGCAGAUCUCCAGAGAGGCAGGUGGGGUUUGUAUCGCUCAGUCGGUUAAGAUUCCACGUGAGCCAACAGCCGGAGAGUUUGACAAGAUCAUCAAACGCCUCAUGGAGACAAGUAACGCCAGAGGAGUGAUCAUCUUCGCCAAUGAAGACGAUAUCAAGCGUGUCCUCGAGGCAGCAAAGCGUGCUAACCUGACAGGUCAUUUCCUGUUUGUGGGGUCCGACAGCUGGGGAGCAAAGAGUUCACCAAUCACAGAGCUGGAGGAUGUUGCUGAGGGUGCCGUCACCAUCCUACCUAAACGGGCUUCGAUAGACGGCUUUGAUCAGUACUUCACGUCUCGUUCUCUGGAGAACAACCGCAGAAACAUUUGGUUCAAUGAGUUCUGGGAGGAUGACUUCCGGUGUAAACUGACCCGACCUGGAAUCAGACUGGACCCUGACAAGAAAAAAUGUACAGGUGACGAGAGGAUUGGUCAGGACUCCUCCUACGAGCAGGAGGGGAAGGUUCAGUUUGUGAUUGAUGCCGUUUAUGCUGUCGCUUAUGCUCUGCACAGCAUGCACCAGGAUUUGUGUCCCGGCAGCUCCGGAGUCUGCAGCAACAUGGACCCUGUGGAGGGGCGCUUGCUGCUUCACUAUAUCAGAGCUGUCAACUUCAAUGGAAGUGCAGGGACAACUGUUUUGUUCAAUGAGAAUGGAGAUGCUCCUGGUCGCUACGACAUCUUCCAGUUUCAGAUGACCAAUCACAGCCAUCCUGGUUAUCGUGUCAUUGGCCAGUGGACCAAUAAUUUGAGACUAAACUUGGAAGAGAUGCAGUGGUCUGGAGGAGAUAAAUCAGUUCCAGACUCCAUCUGUAGUUUCCCCUGUAAACCAGGAGAGAGGAAGAAGAUGGUGAAAGGGGUUCCCUGCUGCUGGCACUGUGAGCUCUGUGAUGGGUAUCAGUACCAGCUUGAUGAGUUUACCUGUGAGACGUGUCCGUCAGACAUGCGCCCUGCCCCAAACAGAACCACCUGUCACCCAACCCCAAUCAUCAAACUGGAGUGGAACUCCCCCUGGGCCCUAGUGCCCGCCUCCCUUGCCAUGCUAGGUAUCCUAGCAACCAUCGCUGUGAUGAUCACCUUCAUUCGUUUCAAUGACACGCCUAUUGUCAGGGCAUCAGGAAGGGAGCUCAGCUAUGUACUUCUGACAGGUAUCUUCCUGAUCUACCUGAUCACCUUCCUGAUGAUUGCGGAGCCAGGUGUGGUGGUUUGUGCAUUUCGGCGCCUCCUGCUGGGUCUGGGCAUGGCCAUCACCUACUCAGCCAUGUUGACCAAAACCAACCGCAUCUAUCGCAUCUUUGAACAAGGCAAGAGGUCGGUGACCCCACCAAAGUUCAUCAGCCCCACCUCCCAGCUCAUUAUCACCUUCGUCCUCAUCUGUGUCCAGGUCCUCGGUGUGUUUGUGUGGUUCGCCGUUGUCCCUCCUCACACCAUUAUCGAUUAUGAAGAGCUCCGCCCCCCAAACCCUAACCUGGCUCGAGGCAUCCUGAAGUGUGACAUGUCUGAUCUCUCAAUCAUCUGCUGCCUCAGCUACAGCAUUGUGCUCAUGGUAACGUGUACGGUGUACGCGGUGAAGAGUCGAGGUGUUCCAGAGACGUUUAAUGAAGCCAAGCCGAUUGGUUUUACCAUGUACACCACCUGCAUCAUCUGGCUCGCCUUUGUGCCAAUAUUCUUUGGUACAGCUCAGUCUACUGAGAAGAUGUUCAUCCAGACAGCCACACUGACUGUGUCCAUGUCUCUCAGCGCAUUCGUCUCUCUCGGGAUGCUCUACCUGCCGAAAGUUUAUGUCAUCAUUUUACACCCUGAACAGAACGUCCAGAAGAGGAAGAGAAGCUUCAAGGCUGUUGUCCAGGCUGCCAGAUUAUCUCAAAAAUCAAAUGAAAAACAGAAUGGAGAGACAAAGAUUGAACCAGACAGAUCGCAGUAACACUGCAGUCAUACUACAAAUUACAGGCAGCUGCUGACCAAUCCCUGCCGAGAGCCUGAUGACAUCAUCAUCAUCAUCACAUGCCUCCCCAACACGAACUCACACACACACACAAUGAUAACAACACUUUGGAACUUUGUGGUACA